GAGUUGAGUGCCGUGGGUGGUGGAUGUCGAUUACUUUUUUUGGGAGUCGUUCACCACCACCGCCUUAUAUUUUUUUUAUUGUGUUGUGUCGUAGUUAACUUUUAUUGAUGUUUUAAAAAGUUGAUUGGUGAUGCGUUUACGAAUUUAUUUGUUGUUUUAAUUGUAACUAUCUACUCUUUGUAUGGUGACCUGACCUGGCCUGACCUGACCUGGCCAUUAGUUUCCGUGAGGCGAGUUUGUGUUUAAAUGGUUCUUAAAUUGAUGUGGAUAUUUUAAUAGUUUGUGAAAUUUUGUGCCUCGUCAGCUUGAGUUCAGCAAUUAGGUUUUUGCCACGGGUCAAACCAGCUCAAGUUCUCUUCAGGCAACAAGUUAAGCUAAGUUUACUCAGCUUUGUCCACCUAUCAUGUGGGUCAGCUUAACUCCCGCUUAGUCAAGAAUAACCUGGAUUUCAUCACCCUGAGAAAUUAAGCUUCACCGCCGCCAUGAUGCUGGUCAGCUUAACGCCAGCUUGACACCCGCCGUUCCCCUUCCUGGGUAAACAAGAUGACGGUCUCACUGUUAAGCUUAGUGUUUUGGUCUGUAGUUCUUGCACUUGAUCACUGCACCAUAGCACUGUCGUUGCAUCGCCUCUGCACGCCCGCCCACACGCCCAUCACAGCAUGUAUGGCUUCCAGAGUGGGCGGCUGGUUACCACCCUCUGGACCAGCGCCGCCCACACCAAUUGGUUACUCAUUCUCUUUCAGUGGAAGUCCAGCACAAGUCCAGGAUGCCAACAGUCUGGACUCUUCUGGUAGCAGCUCCAUCCCCUUCUCCCUGGGUCUGCGGUCGCCGGGGAAGGUAUCACCCCUGCGAGGACGGACCAUGAAGGAAUAUGAAGAGCAACUGGGUAACCUGAAGAAGGAGAACUUCUCCCUCAAGCUACGCAUCUACUUCCUGGAGGAGAGGAUGGACCAGAAGUACGACAAGGAGGACAAAGAUGAACUGUAUAAGACCAAUAUUGAACUGAAGGUGGAAACAGAGGCACUGAAGCAAGAGUUGUACGACAAGCAGGAGUUGGUGCGUCAGGCAUCCACGGCUCUGUCAGGGCUAGAGCAGCAGUUUCAGGAGCAGGUGGCACAGAUGAAAGAUCAGCACGAGCAGGAGAAGGAGAAGCUGCACACCCACGUUGAGCAGCUGCAGAAGGAAGUCGACGACCACGUUCAUCGUUUCCGGGAAGAGAGAGGCCGGCUGGGGGAACUAUCUCAGCUAUGUGGCCUGGCGUUCAGCACAGAGGAGGAGAUACCCGAGACCCUGCAAGUGGUCCCUCCCUCCAAGGAUAACCUGAGCCUGCCGCUGAAUCUUGCUGGCUUUAAUAACUUUGCCACUAAGUCACCUGUGCAAGGAUUGUUCAGCAUGCCGACCACGAUGUCACAAACGGCUGCCCUCGAACAGUGUCGGCCCGAGGCAACGACCGACGUCCAACCCGCCCAGGAGUCGGCCGAGGAGAAGGUGUCGUCACUCAAGGCCCGGGUGGUCGAGUUAGAGAGCCGAGUGACUGAGCUCGAGGGUGAACUGGCGGCCAAGGAGGAGACGACCUGCAUACUGGAGGGGGAUAUUGCCAACCUGCAGAAGGAGUUGGAGGACAAGGUGGAGAAGAUCGCCGACUUGGAGGUAGAGGUGACGGAGAAGGACUUGAAGAUUGAUGACGUGAUGCAGGAGUUGGAGACCAGGCACAUAGAGAUGCAGGCUAAGGACGAUCAGAUACAGAGCCUCCAUUAUGACCUGAAUAAAGUCGAGCCGGAGAUAGAGGUUAAGGUUCAGGAGAUCAUCGAACGUGACCGAAUCAUCGAGGAAAAAAUAGAACAGAUUGAACAGCAGAACAAGAUAUUGGUGGAGAUCCAGAUUACCCUGGACGAGAAACAGAAACAGAUCGCCGACAUGGAACACAAGAUCACCGAGUCGAGCGAGAAGAUCAAGAAACUCACCGAAGACCUUGAUAAGUCCUGUAAAGUCAUCCAGACUUUUGCUGAAGAAGUUCAAGCUCGAGAUAAGGAGAUCGCGGCUCUCAGGAAGGAAGUAAAGCGCAAGGAGAAGAAGAUCCGGGACCUGGUGGCAGAGCUGAAGGAGGCUCUCGACAUGCUCAACAAGGCCAAGUGGGAGGCGGAGACCAGCGGCGGCGAGGACGGCGUCAAAGAAAUGGCAGAGGAGGAGAAUGAGCGGCUGUGGGCCGAAUUGGAGUCGCGCAAGAAUGAGGUUCUGGCAAUAAGGGCGGAACACAAACACUCUCUCUCGGAGGCCGAGGAACGCGUGAACCGACUACAGAAACAGUUGGAUGAAAAAAUUAAAGUCUUAGAAGGUCAGCAAGGUAAACACGACAAGGAGACCGAGGAGAGGGAACUGCGUCUGCGAGAACAAGCCCAGCAGGUGGCACAUCUGGAGGGAGAACUUGAGGCACUCCGCGGUGACAUGUCAAGCAGGGAAGGACUACUGCGUACCAAUCAAGGACUCGUCCAGGGUCUUGAGGAGGAGUUAACAGCAGCCAAAGACCAACUGAAGGAGAAGAGGGCAGAACUGGACAUUCUUCAGGAAGAACUGAAGAAGAAAAAUGCCGACAUGCAGGACUUGGUGAAUCGUGAAUUGUGGGAGAGGAACAGGGAGGUGGAACGUCUGCAGGAAAAACUCGGUGCCUUAACGUCGGAUCGUCGGCAGCAGAUUGAGUGUCUGAAGGACGAACUGGAGACCAAGAACAGCGAGUUACGGAGACUGAAGUCCCGACUAAACUGCGAUAAUACCGAGAACGUCGACGGCAACAAAGCUGCCGUGUGUCCGCCGCCGACCGCCAGCCAGCCGGCGGUAAACACCCUAACGACCGACCAACCCAAGAAUGCCGCCCACCUGACGGUAGUUACGGGCUCGGGAGGCGCCGACGCGGUCACCGUGAACCGGCCGUUACACCUGACGUUCACCGACGACAGUUCGGCUUCCGUGCAGAUGCUGUAUCUGGAAAUGAGUAAAGUGAGAAGUGAAGCACAAGCUCUGCGCCUGGAGAGAAGUAUGUUGAAUGAUAAACUCUCCAGUUUACAAGGUCUGUAUGACCAAGUAUGUCAAACUAACACUCCAGUAACCACUAUUGAGCUACAUGAACAAAUGGGUUCUGUGAAGAAACAGCUGGAGGAGACCAAAGAGGAAAACUUACUAAAGGAACGUAAGCACGGAGAAAUAGUCAACGAUUUCCAGUCUCAGGUACAGGUCCUGCGAACAGAACUAAAUAAUGCAAAGAAGAAGAUAAACCAACAGCUGACAGAAGUUACCGUGCGCAAAUACCAAGAGGCUCUGAAAAGACACAAACAGGAAAUUGCCUCACUGAGAAAGAGGCUCGCAGACUCCCACAACGCGUGCGAUCUCCUUCGAACUCGACUGGAAGAGUUGGCAGACUUCUUGGAGCGUAUAUUAGAAAUGGAAGAAAAGGGACUUAUCAAUUUAAGUCAGUUGUCUCCAAAGCAGUUGGCCUCGCUACACAAAACGCUGAACGAGUCUCGUGCGCUCUCUCGCUCCCUGUCGCAGUCUCUCAUGAUCGGUAUGGACUUUACCGACCACGGUGACGACACGCACCUCUCCGGCUCGAUGAGUUCCGUCUCUUCGUGGAGCCUGCAGAGAGAUGACAGUCUUUCCGAAACGCACGAUUACCUGGGAGCCAGCAGUCACGAGGCCAUAGCCAGUCUUCCCGACGAGACGAUGUUACAACCCGAGGACUCCCACGACCCGGCUGUUCAGGCGCUGGCCACACAACUCAACACUCAGAUCGAUCAAAAGGCGAGAGAAAUUGACGCCAUCGCCGAGAAUGUAUCGGUACUCAGUGAAAAGCUGGCAGAGCGAACACAGCAAGUAGAACAACAAGCCGGGGUAAUUGGGGAGUUAAGAGGGCAGGUGGGACGCCUUCAAGAUGAAGUACGACACAGAGAUCUCCAGCUUCUGGAGUCUAGGGCCGAGCAGAAUAAAGACAAUGGUCAACAAGCUCUACACAGUUCUUGGCAGAGUAGUUUAAACCCUCUGGCAGCUUCAUCUCAGAGUACUGUACAUGCUAUGUCCCCCCAGACAACAGUACACACUCAUGAUUCAAGUAGUCAAGAGAGCCUUCACAAGUCUGCAGGUAACUGUUCUGACACAUUACCUCCACCCCCUCUUCACCUCCUCCAGGACAGUGAGUGUGAAGUUAGACCAGAUAUUAGGGAGUUGGAGAUAUGUCAUGCAUCGGAUCGCAGUAGUCUGAGUGCCGUCAAGAGUGCUUAUUCUACCGACGCGGCGAUAAAAGCCUACAGCGGACACCUGGGUUAUUUCCAGCAGCACGUAACGCCCGGUGAGAAGACCCGCGUGGAAGGACGCAAGCCUUGGGGAGAGAAUACAAAUGGCGCUGCUGGUAGUUGUGUGGUGCCUGAACAACCUUGGCAACCAGUAUCACCAUCUGAGAGUGAAGCAUGGAGUGAACCUGACAGAAAUGUGUCUUUAGCCAGAAUUGGCCUUGAUGCCUGCACCCUCGGAGGUGCCCCAGACAGAGCUCUGUCGCGCUCGCGUCAGCAGAGGACGUCGGCUGCCAUCACCUCAGAAUCUGACGGCGAGGCGGCGCACGAGGACACCGCCACCUGCACUGCCAACACCGCGCCCACACAAGGAAAGGUCUCCAAGCGACGAUCAGAUGUUGCAGAACUGCGGAAAGUGUCCACAAAACUUCGCGCCGUAGAACAACUGAACGACACCCUCCGUGCAGAACUGAACAUAUACCAGACACUGAGUCAACAGAUGGGUCAUGAACCACAAGAUCAGCAACAGAGACCAAUGACUAGUGAUAAGAGCGUCGAAACACACAAGGGCGAGACUGUGGAUGCCUCCGUGGGCGCCGAAGAGGUGCCCGCGUUGCCGCCUCCUCCACCGACGUUUGCAAUUCCCGCGCCUCUGUUAGACGAGAUCCGUGCUCUCCGCCUUAAGCUAGAAGAAGCGAUCGCCAAUAAUGAUCAUCUUCGUGAUCAACUUGAAGCAGCACUGACAGCUCAUCCACAAGAUGAAGCAAGGUUCUACCACCUUACUGCUGCUUUACAGACGGCUCAAGAGGAAAUGCGUGAAGCACGAGAUAGAUUACAGGGUUCUCAGGAAGCAGUUCGGGAGCAGCAGGAAAAAUAUAGCAAGAUAGAACUUAAACUUCAAGAGUGUGAGGGCCAUCUAGCACACUGUCAAGUACAACUGGAAGCUUCUCAGACUGAAGCAUCAGCUGCAAAAGCUGAUUUAUGUAAAGCUCAUCAACUUUUACAAGAGAAAGAGUCACUGAUAAAGGAACGUGAUGCACAGCUGGCAGAGAAAGAGCAAAGUAUCAGAGAAUUGGUAGAUAAAUCUGAUCAACUUGAAAAAGAUGCUGCAAACAACCCAGAUAAUGAUGAACAGCUGCAGAAAUUACAGUUAGAACUACAGAAGCAAGAAUCACGCUUAUUGCAGGUCAACAAAGAACGCCUGUCUCUCGUCGGGGAGCGGGCCUGCCUUCAGGCACAGUUGGCCUCGGCCUCCACCCACGCUCGUCUGCUUCAGGACGUGGAAGGAGCGGGAGAAGAGCACAUUUCCGUUCUUCAGCAACUUGAAGCCGAACGUGCUACGGUUGUUACUCUGCAACAAGAGCGAAAACAGCUGCUGACAGACAAGGAACAUUUUGAAAAGGAAAUGCAAGUCCUGCAGGAGGAAGUGGCAAGUUUACGAGCCAGAGUCGAACACCUGAUGUCUCGUCAGGCUCACGUCGCUCAACAGGCAGACAGUGAGAAAAAGAACACGAGAGAGUUAAGAAAUGAACACACGGCCUUACAGCGAGACCACAGCGAACUACAGUGUAAAGCUCAAAAUUUUGAGGUAGAAUUGAGAAACCUGAGAGAGAAGCAGAAAACAUCAGAAGACUCACAACAGUGUAUAAGUGAACAAACAACACUGGUGAAGCAACUCACUGCAGAACUGGAGUCAGAACGCUGCCUCACCUCAAACCUUCAGCUCCAGCUUGAGGUUGUUCGAGGCAGCACAUCACCAACUACUUCACAGUGUGAUGAUUCUGUAGUGCCACAUGCGAGUGACAGCCGGGCGUCACAUGAGAGUGUGACCAGCAUAGAGUUCUUCCACCCAUUACCUGAUCCAAGCGUACUGUGGAAAGGUAGAGAGACCUCACUCAGUCCCUCUUCUCGUGUAGAUAAAGAAAAAGGACGAGAGCGUCGUGCCUCGAGCAGCAGUCGCAGACGAGACGGCAGUAAACGGAUGAGCAGUCACCGGAGCGAGGAUAAAGAGAACCUCCACUGUACGACCACUACAGUGACCACUGCUGGCAACAGCAGCAAGAGAAACAGACGUUCUCACAGUGGCAACUCUGGUGAAGGGGUGUUCGCUGCCCAGCCACUAGUGCCUGAAGAAGAGGGUGAUGGGGGUACAACUUCUGGGGAAUCACCUGACCUGGGGAUUGGAUCAGACUAUCACUUUUCCAGCUUGGAGAGAGGGACCCGCACGCUCCGCUCUAUUGUACACACCGCUCGCGAUCUCCCGCCGCCUCCAUUGUGCUCCCAACCCAGUCUCCAGCAGUUCCUGAGUCACAGCGUCUUAAGUGUGGAGAAUCAACAGUUAAGGAUGGAGCGGGAUAACUUAUCGUCCAAAUUGGCGUCCACUAAAGAAACAUUGGAGGAAGCUCUAGAGAAGUUGUCGAAAGCAAAUCAGCGUAAAGAAAACGUAGAGAGAGCCAUCUGUAAACAACUGUACAAGACACACAAUGUACUGAAGAAGGCCAAAACACACCUCAAGCAAGCAAACUCCCUUCCCCAAUAAAUUUCAUAUCCAGAGUGAAGAGGAUAUUAGUUGUUAGUGAAAUGCAAAAUUUGUUUACCAGAUCAGUGUGAAAGUUACUGUUUUAAAGGUAAAGAAAGUCCAUAGUUGUGGUAGCCAUUGGUCUGUCCAGUAGAGUAACUAAUAUCCAUAAUUACCACCACAGUUAGCUCAGUCUAAAACAAUGUGUAGUGCAAGUGACAGCAUCGUCAGAACUGAAAAUGUCUACAUGUGGUAUUGAAUGUACUCGUGGUGAUGAGUGAGACAAUCUAAUAAUGGCUGUAUGACUCGUGUUGUGUGCCGUCCUCCGUGUUAUUCUCACCCGUACAGUUUGGCAAUAAGUGACGUAGAGCAAGGCAUCGGGUAUAUUCCCCGCUCUGUGAUAAUCAAUUGGAUCGAUCUUGGGGACGUGGUUUUUGUCCACUAGAACGGGAUGGCAUAUUAUUGUUGACAAAUUUUCAUACUGUACAUCUUAUUAUACAUAAAUGUUCAUAUUGUAUAUUUGGUGCUGAUCUGCGGGAGUCCAUCCUAAAGUUUUUGAUGUAUAAAUGGUAUUGUCAAUUACAGUACAGUACUGUAUCUUACACUUAUUAUAACAUGUUUGUGUCAGGUGAUUUGACCAACACAUAUCAGGUUUAUUCAUGAACAUUACUUAGUGUUAGAAUUUAUUGUAUUGGUUCCUUAUGGAAGCAUUUAUUCAUCACAGGUUCUAUUUUCUGUAGACAUUCCAACUUCAAGGAUCUAUGAGUUAGUUAUUGAUAUAUAUAUUAUCUUAAAUGUUGAUUAUUUCAGUCUUAGAUCUUAUUUAUUGAUUUUUCUCAUUGUUAUACUUUAAACAAUAUAAGUUUUUAAUGCAGUACUACAUUUAAAUAAUGUACUUUAUUGUCAACUUUAAACUAAGACUAAUAUUAAUAAAAUGCUUGAGAUUUUCAUAGCAAUAAUAAAGGUUAAUGAUAGUAAGUAACCUAACCUGGCGUUGAUGGUUUGGGCUAAGCUGUGAUGUUCUUAUCGUGGUGCUGCCGUUGAGGACUCCGCCACCGUGCGUCUCUUUCUGUUUGGUACCAGAAAUACGAUGUGUACGCAUAAUUCUUUGUCCUUUACAAGCAACUGCCCGCGAUUUCCCGCUCACAAAUACCUCUGCCGCCAAUCCAGUCUCUUGUAUUCAUUAUUGUAAUGUUUUUAGUACAGUAAGGACAUGGUGAAAAUAAUCCUGUGAUGAAGACUUGUUGACCUUUAUAAUCUUCCCUCAUGAGUUACAGAUGGAAGUGGUUAUAUAAUUGGUUGUAUUUUGGUACCUCACUUACCAGAUGUGAUUAUUAAACAUUAAUUUGUAUAUUUAGUACAUCAGGCAUGUAAGAAUAAUGUAUAAUAAUACAAGUGUGCUUGUAUACAACGGAAAUGUGUAUAUAUUUUGUACCGAGAUGGUCGUCUUCCAUUAUUAAUUAUGUACAAAGUAGGUUAAAAGUAUGUGUACACAGGCCUCAACAACUGAUAUGUAUUGUAUAGAUGGUGAUCUGAUAUGAAGCUUAAAGUAUCA